AUGAUCUGUAAACCUCCUUUAUUUAAUGGAUUGAUUAAAGAAAGAACUCUUAUAAAAAUAUAUAGUAGUAAUUUUGAAAGAAUAUUUAAAAUAUGGAUUGGAACAUUCAGAAUAUGA